GGGCGCUCUCUUAUCAACAUUUGCUGGUUCGCGCUCGAUUGGCGUUUACUGAAGUUUGAAAUUAACGUAAUAACUGUUGUAGCCAUGGCAACACCUGUUGUAAGAAGGAAAUCUCCGAGUAGACAGAGCUCAGUCGGUAAAACGAAACCAGCUGAGAAAUCUGGGAGUUACUCCAUCAAAGAGGCCGUCAGGUUCUUCACGAGUGAUUCUAGUAAUAGGAAGGUUCGUGGCAACCCUGCGUUGACUUUGGCCAUUCAGGAGGUGGAGGUAACGGCCAAGAGGGAGGGAUUAUCUCAAAAGGUCAUAGGUCAACUUGUUGACGUUGCUGCAUCUGCCAAGUUUCCUGAUUCCAUCAGUUCUCGUCUCAUCAAGAGUCUACUUCCAUCGGAUAAGAUCCCUCAGGAUGCGAUCGUCAAGGCCAUCUCCUGGAUGUGCACCAAUAACCCCUCCAAUGAAAUACAGAGCCUGUUGGUGCGAUGGGUGAUUUUAACCUACGACCUCUUAGAUGACCUCGAUGACCUCCAUGCUCUGUACGGCGUUCUCUUCCAUUUCAUUGAGAAUGACGCUUUGUGUCCUCACGUCUGUCACCUCCUCUACCUCCUGACAAGGAAGGAGGACGUCUUGGCGUUCAGAGUUCAGCGACUUCUCAGUCUUCAGAAAAGAGUGGGUGUUCAGCCCUACAUCAUCGGUCUGCUGUCGGUGUAUAAGAUGUACCGCCCCCAUCUGGUCUCCUUAGUGACUCCGCCCACUCAGAGGGUGUUCUUCCGUCAGACCGACCGGUUGUGGUCGGCUGAGGUCCACAAGGCGAAGGAGAGAAUCCAACGACGGUUGGAUGGUCCGGACUCCGCCAUGGAACGAUUGCAGAGCUCAGUCACUGAUGGCAGAUCGAGAGCGAAGAAGAAGAAGCUGGAUGUGAUACCGACAGUCAGCACAUCACUCCUGUCACUGGAUGGCUCGGGGGAUGCAGGUUACCAGUUAACCGGUGCCCAUCACGGCAGAGUACCAGUGCAGCACAUCAAGUCGUUUGACGAUCUCCUGAAGAACAUGGACAGACUGGAGCUUCCUAGUCAGAUAGCUGCAGUCUUAGAUUCACCCUACCUCCAGCAUGCCCUAUGCUGUCACACAGAGCAGCACGUCGUUCAGAGACUCAGCUUCUGGUUGUAUCAAGUACUUCAUCAAGAGCUGCUUGACUACUCAUCCGAGGGGCCCAACUGCAGAGCUGAAUGGUUGCUUCAGAUGCUCAUUAACUUCACCGACUUCCUACACGAGGACGUUCCAGUGUGCGAGAACUUCUUAGUGAAAUAUCUGCACACGUGGAACGGCUCCGAUUAUCGACCCUACAUCCUGAGACUCAUCACACGAUUCAGAAUCUAUCCCUUCCAGAAGUUGAACGACCUUCUCCUUGAGCCGCUCCGAUCUCUCUUCUUCUGCUCUUCCGUCUUCUUCAAGUGCCAAGUCAUCUACACUCUGACGGAGCUUCUGAGGAACUAUGUCUCCAUUGAGCUACCACGCCAUGCAGACAUGGUCUGCUUUCAAGCCGUUAAAGAAGCCUCAGCCAUACAAGCUGGUGAUACUGUACUACCUCAGAAUCAGUUGUCGGUCUUCGAUGUCCAUGUGGAUAAUUUCCAAGCACUACACACGAUCCAGGAGCUGACAGAGUACGUGGACAGGAUCAGCACAUUGGCGCUACUCAUUGAGAAAGAUCACGUGCUGCUCAUGCAUUAUGUACUGGAGUUCUUUGAACUGGUAUCAUGUUUGCAUCUUCGUUACGGAGUUCCGUUUGUCUACGUCCCGUCCUCCGGUUCCUUCUACAGAGCCUUGUUCUCCAGCAACGCCAUGGUCUGCUCAAGACUCUGUAAAAUCAUCUGCAACUACAAGGAUGAGUUCCAAGCCUUGAAGAAGAUGGUUUCCAUUGAGGAUUCCGACAGCUUGUUCACGAGUAACAUGAGAGACGGUAUCCAGCUACUGAACCAGUACAUCUUGGAUCUCAGCAACGCUCUGUGGCGUAACAAGGCCUUCCUGAGUGGCAACAAGACCAAAGUGUUUGACAUUCCGGUCACGGCGCUCCAAACGACAGGUGUCAAGCAUAUUAACGAGGCAUUCUCCAUCCAUCUACAUAUGGCCAUGCUGCCGUUUGCCAACAGCUUCCUGGAACAGACUCAACCAGAAGGCAAGAAAGUUCACCCCAGUCUGAUCCGAUCCUCGGAGCGAGACGCUUACCUGGAGUUUCUGAAGAGGGAACGUUUGGAUGGAGUCGUGGCCUUCAUCAACACGUUCAUCAAACGCAACCAGACGACGCCACAUAAAUCACAAGCGGCCAGCUAAGCGCAUCGCAACGUUCGUCAAACCCAAACUCUAAGAUUCCAUGAAACUAUCUACAAAUAAUUCUGAACUUUUCAACGUUUUGACAGCAGAAACCUUUUAUGGAAAGAGUGUAGUAUCCCAACGCCACUUCUUUGGUUGUGUGCAAAGUCUAUGGAGAGUUGAGUGCAUUUUAAUUUUUUAAUUUUCAAGUGUGAAAUUUCAUUUUGAAAUAUUUUAAUUGGAAAUGUUUCUCAGUCCCAGAGUCGUGUCUUUCCAACAUAUUCUGCAAUGACUGACCUUAUUUUAUUGGAAAUGUUUCUCAGUCCCAGAUUCAUGUCUUUUCAAGAUUUUCUGCAAUGACUGACCUUCAUUGAGAUAAUAUAGUAUAAAAAAGUGGUGUCAGGAUGCAAGGAUUUUUCUGCUUUUAUAUUCAGCUACAUACAAGCAGGUGUAAUAUUUAUAAUAUACUGGCAACGUUUUAGGGUACGUCCAAGAAAAGGUCCCAUUUUUGUCCCGUACGUAACACCAUGUUUCUUUUAAUUACAUAAUCAUCGCAACGACUAAUGAAUUAACAAUUCUUGUGGAUAUUCUCCUUGCGGAUGCCCAACAGUAGAAUAAGAAACGCUAAAAUCCAUGAAUAUCUUAGAGGGUUAAACUUUGGUUACGUAUUUGACAUAGUGCGUGAAUUCUUGAACUUGCUAUUUAAUAAUCUAGAGUUAUAUGCCUUUGUUGUGCCGUGAACGAAACAUUUGCGUUAUCUCUGGCUACAUGGCCUAUUAUCUUCAAGCAAACUUGAAUCCUCGAUUCUGAUUGGUCGAUCCAUGGCAACAAGCCGUGCUACAUAUAACCAUACCGCAUGGCCACGGCCCAUACCGCACUCCGCGUAUUGCGCUAUUCUAAGCCCAAGUGACGCGAUUAGUGCUGCACAAUUCACUGUGAAUUCAAAAGUUACGCGUAGGUUACAGCAUGCGUGUUCCAACUUUACUGUGCGUCAAGUUUGCUUGAAGAUAAAUUUAUCGCGCUCGCGGAACACUGAAAAUGUAGUGCGUUUGUGCCCCAUAUACCUCUCGGCCUUCAGCCUCGUGGUAUGUGGGACACAGAUGCACUACAUUAUUCCGUGUUCCACUCGCGCUCGCAAGAUAACUAAUAUAACCAUAUCCGCUGUACAGGUUUCUGACUAGACCCCCCCUCCCCCCCCCCCCCACCCCAACAAAGACAUGGACAAAGUUGGGAGUUGCCGACAUAGAGCUGGAUAGCUCAGUUGGUAGAGCACCGGAACGGCAAUCCGGAGGUCACAGGUUCAAACCCCGCUCCAGUCACUUUCUUCGUUCUUGCAAAUUUCUUCUUCAACUUGCAUAUUAUUUUAACAACAAUAAUAAUAAUAACUUUGAAAUGUGUAUGUAUUUGUCCAAUGCUCCUCUAGCUAUGUAAUAUAAGAAAUAUGUACAGAUUUGUAAAUACCGCUAAUGAUCACCUGUGUGUUAAUCAGACAGAGGCAAUUUUCAUUUUGCUUUUCGAAUGGUUUAAAUUUUUCAAUUUUUGCCUUUUAACCAUGCAUUUUGUUAAUAAGAAUGGAAGUUUUGCGGUAACACCAAGUCAAUAAUAUCUCUUUUGAGUUGUGUAGUUCUGAGAAGUUGUUGAACUCAGUUAAAGUUAAAAACGACAGUUCUUCUCAAAACCGCACAACUAAAAAAAAGAGAUUCUUCACAUGGUGUUACCGCAAACCUCCCAUUCAUUGUUCAUAUCCACCAUGCAAACCUUAAGUCUCAUAUUUUGUUACUAAUAAAAAGAAUGUAAUUUGGCCUACUUCUUGUGUCAAAUUAUUUUGCAAACAGAUAUAUCCACACAUUUUAAGUCUAUUGGAAAUCUUCCAAAAGACAUCUUGAGUGGUUUAAAACAAUUUUUUUUUUCAAACCCCCGAAACGUCUUUUCCAUUGUUGGCAAAUUAAAUUUUUCAUUAAAUUUUCAGAAUUGAAGUGAAUAUUACUGGAAAGUUUAUAUUGACUGGAAGUGUGGUCACUAGUUCACAUCUAUGCCCCCUCAAACUGUAAGUGGCCACAAGAGGGCCAUAUUUCCAGAGGAUGUUUUUUUUUUAUUUUGAAGACUGACAACUUGAAACUUUGUUGUGGAAAUAAAAACCAUGUCAUCUAUUGUCACUUUAA